AUGUCACGAACCCUCUUCUGCCCGGCCGGCCACUUGUGGGCCAGGCUACGGCGUGCUCCAGCGGGUGGUGCUGGCCUGGUCGCCGCCCGCUCGGCGUGGCGCGUCGAGGUCGGGCUGACUGUGCAUGCGCUGGAGGACAUCGGUGAUGUGAUCGCUGUCGGGCACGGACCCACGGCUCCUGGCAACAGGGUCGAGGCUGGCGCUGCCCUCCUGACGCUGGACUGGGAGGCCCAUCGCGUCAGCACAGCUGACGAGCUCUACCACACGCAGUGGGCGCUCGUCGAGGGUGCACACCCGCUGCACUCGCCCUUUGGAGGCACGCUCCUCGGGCUGUGCUCGGACGACGACGCGCGGCGCCUCGGCCCCGAGACGGUGCUGGCCACCCUGCACGUCGACCGGCCGGGCCUCGCCGCCUCGCAGCUCGUGGGCGAGGCGCAGUACCUCGCGGCGGUCAGAGGGGCGCCGCCAGGCCGCUUCGGGCGGGAGAGCACCCUGCACGAGCAGCACAGCAUCGGAGGCCACCGCGCUGACUAG